CCGCCACUAACUGCUACUGCCUGUGACUAUGUAUGCGUAUGUGCAGCAUCGUGAGUUACUCGAUCGAAAAAUGGAUCUUGUACGGUGUUCGUGUGUGAUUUCACGGACUUGGAUCGUGGCACGGGGUUUCUAAAAUAAUAUAACGGCAUAACGGAUGGUCAUCAUUGUAAGGAGGGCCAAGUCAUCCAAUUUCCAUUAAUAAUAUCUAUAGUACUACCGAUUUAUUUUUAAAUUUACAAGACUCUGAAUAUAAAAAUGCAAUUAAUAGUCGGCUAAAGACUUUUUUCUUGUAAUAGUCUAGUCUUCUGUGGGGUUACGGAAUUCGGGUAAAUUCGUGUGACAAUAUCAUCUGGCAUAAAAUAAUUAAACAUAAAAGAUAUAAAAUGGAAUCAACAAUAGCUGGUCGCAGACGUGCUGCAACUAGACAUGCAGCUGAAGAUCAAGCUCUUGAUCAAAUCGCUAAAGAGGCAGGUGAAAGACUAGCAGCUCGGAGACAAGCAAGAGCAGAAGCUAGAGAAAUUCGUAUGAAAGAGUUAGAAAGACAGCAAAAAGAAGCUGAAGAAAACGCUGAUAGAGUUUACGAUAUGUGUAAUGUUGACGGAACUCGAACUAUGAGGGUAACGCCAGACCCAAUAAGGGCUUCACGGUUAUUAACUAACUCUAACAGUUUUCAAUCAAGUCGAAGGUCUUCCGAAGAUUCUUUAGAAGAAGCUGGCCUAAGUAGAGAUUUAAGAUUAGAACUUAAGGAAUUAGAAGAGAAGUUUAGAAAAGCAAUGAUUGCAAAUGCUCAGCUUGAUAAUGAAAAAUCAUCGUAUGUUUAUCAAGUUGACUUGUUGAAAGAUAAAUUAGAAGAAACAGAAGAAGUUGUAGCGACAUUACGGAGAGAAUUCAGGGAAAAAAAUCGAGAGGCUGAACAACUGAAGCGAGUUAAUCAAAGAUUAAAAGAAGAUUAUGAGAAUUGCAAAGCUCAAUUAGAAGAAAGGGAUAGGCUGAUCCAAGAAAAUGGGUUGGUUAUUGUUGAAGAUGAAGGUAGUGAAGAUGAAGGAACUGGGGCAUCAAAUGGAAUUCCAAGAAAAAGAGUACUAGUCAGUACAGAAGCUGCAGAAUUAUUACAAAAUGCUGGAGAAGGAUCUCUGGAUGUACGGUUAAGAAAGUUUGCCUCGGAAAAAAAAGAACUAACAGAUGAAAUCCGACACCUAAGACUAGAAUUGGAAGAGGCCAAGAGUCGUCAAAGAUCCGAAAGAUCAUCCGGAUCAGUAUUAGGAUUAAUAGAUUCUGAAGAUGUUCAGAGAGAAGCAAACAAAUUACUGGCAGAUUAUAAAUUUAAAUUACAAAAAGCUGAACAAGAUAUGUCCACACUUCAAGCAAAUGUCACGAGAUUGGAAACUCAAGUUAUUCGAUACAAAUCAGCAGCAGAAGCAUCAGAGAAAGCUGAAGAUGAAUUGAAAGUUGAGAAAAGAAAACUACAGAGAGAAAUUAGAGAAGCACAGAGUCGUGUAGAUGAGUUAGAAACAGCGAACAAUCAUCUUCAACGACGAUUAGAUAAACUGAAAAUGGCAAAAUCUACGUUGCUCAAAGAAAUUUGACGCGAUGGGAAUGCCGGGGAGCCGGGUUAAAAUAUUAAUUUUUUAUGCCACAAUUAAGGUGAUACUAGUAGUUUGUACCUUAUACACAAAGAUGAAGAAGAAGAGAUAAUGAUACAAAAUAAUCAUUCUACACUAACUCGGAACUUUUAUGAAGUAAAUGUAAAGAGAUAUAUUUAUUUGAUCCUUCUGUAUUUCUAAUUCAUACUUUGGCAUUGUGCAACCAAUUUAUAGCACCAUCUUAGGCGUUAUUUCGUUAGACUUUUAGUUUAAAUAUUAUAUAAUUAUCUACAAACUUUUUUUAAAUAGUCAUAUUAACAAAUAAUUAUAGAGUUUCAAUUGGCUAGUUGGUUCUUGAACUGAGGCCAGCAUUUGGCCGUAAAAUUUGAACCGUAUUUGUAAAAAAAAAGAUUACGCAUUUAUGCACAUAAUUAAGAGUCACAAAAAAAACUAUUUAUAAUUAUACUUUAUUAUGAUACUUUGUAAUUGAUGAAACACAGUAUAUCGAUAAUGGCAGAUAUUUAUCAAUAUGAUAAUUAUCUGAAAUCUAAAUUGUGUUCAUUUUAAUAUGCUUUCUAUUUUUUAAUUAUGAAUGAAGAAUUUCGCUGAACUUAUGAUAAAUUAAACAUAUUCAUUGAUGAAUCGCAUGUUGUUUAUAAAUUAAAUUUUAAUAAAAUUUGAUUAAAUGGUGCAUAAGUACUUAGAUAUCAGUCAGUACAAAUGAUAUUACUACACGUGAUCAGUAUUUUUAAAAUUUUUUUCUUCAACUCGUGCAAUUAAAUUUAAUAAUCAAAAUCUUGUGACCAUUUUCAUUGCAUUUUAAGAAUAUUUAUAUUUAGUAAGAAACUGAAUUUCAUUGAAAAGACAAAUAUUUUUUAUCAAUGGAAUUUAUAAAAAUUAAAAAAAUAGUGAAAUAAAUAAACGAGAUAAUGCUAAAGAUGAAUUUUGCCAUAAAAACAAAAGAUUCUAAGAAGAAAAUACUGUCAAUUAAUCACUGUAUGCAAUCGGCAAAAUUAAUGUAUUUAAUUUUAUCAUAAAAAUAUUUAUUAAAAAGUGAUUAAAUAAAAA